AUGAGUUUGUCUAGUGAAGCAAAAAAACAUCUUCAUGAAUCAUUACAGCAACAGUGCUUAAAUCAAAAGUUAGCUGAAUAUAAUGAAGCAAAAAAGCUUUUUACAGAGGUGACCCUAAAGGAUUAUGGCCAUACUAGCUCUUCUGAUAGAAAUGAUAUUGCACUUUUAGAUACAUAUUAUAGUAAAAAAAUUACUCGAGAAGAUUUGUUAUCUCGAAUUUUAGUUGCUUGUGCAGAUGCAUUAAGCCUUAUUCCAGAAUAUAUACCUUUCUUAAAUUCUUUUGCUUUAGCAAGUUCAUCAAAUACUGAGAAAUAUAGUUGGCAUAUUAUUUAUUCUCAUGCCCAAUUUGUAGAUUAUAGAGAACUUAAUAGAUUCACAGAAAAGAUUAUAGAAUUAGUUGGGAAACCUUAUUCGAAAUUUAUUGAUAUCAGUUUUUCUAAAACACAUUUUAAUCUUCGGCUUCUAGAAUCAGCAAAAGAAGAUCAUAUAAAAAGACCUGCUAUUUCUUCUGCUAAAGAGAAUUAUUCUAUAAUCAGGCUACGAACUUUUUCUUCUAAGAAGCAACUUCAGAUUGGAAGAAUCAAGAAGGAAUUCAUCAACUUUCAAGUACAAUCUGUUAAAGAAUGCCCUAUAUGUAAUAUUAAACAUAAAAAAGAUCGACUUUAUGAAUUUAUUCAAAAAAAUAGACAUUUUGUAUUUAAGUGUAAUCGCCAAAAACAAUACAAGCCAGAGCAUAAUAGCAUUAGCUUCAAUAAGAUAUCAGACAAAGUUGAGUCAAAAGAGAAACCUAAAUUGGAAUUAAAUAAAAGAAUAGUCAAAGCAGUAUUAAAUCCUUAUUUAUUUUUUGAAUUAUCUGAAAAAGUUAUUAAUGUAAAGGAAAUGAAAGAUUUUCCAGAAGCUUAUUCUAAUUUCUUGAGCAAAGAACCCAGUAUAACUUUGAUUUGCUCUCCUAUAAUGUCAGAAAAAACAAAAGAUGAACAAAGCUUGUCUAUAGAUAAGUGGAAUGUUAUCAUAGUUCAAGUUAAGAGUCUCUCUUGUAUAGAAUUCUCAGCCUGUCUGAUUGUAGCUAUUUUAGAUGAAGUCAAUGCAAUUCAACAUCAAAUGAAUAGUAGUUUAAAUGUGCAGGAAUCUAAAAAUACAAUACGUGAUAUAUUAAGAUCAGCUCAACAUGUUUUAGCUAUGAAUGCAUUUGCAAAUGAAAGUAAGACCGUUGAGUAUCUUUACGAUCCAAAUAGUAGGGCUAAAGCUAUGCGAAUAGGGUUUAAGUAUUUGAAACAAGGCAAACACAUGCGUAUACUUUCUCUUUAUUAUCAAAAAAUUUCCAGUGAAUUUUCUCAUUCAUCAGGUUAUGAAAAUAUUCGAGCAGAACUUGCAAUUGCUCAGCCUAAUGAUUUACCUAUAGCAAUUAAAAGACAUCGUGAAUUAGAUAUAGAUAGUAUUUCUAUAAACUUAAUCAAUCUCAUACUUCUUAUUGCCAGUACUAGAGCAAGUCUUAAAUUAAUAAAAAUGGAUAAAAAUAAAGAAAUUAUAGGGAAUCAUAAAAAAGUUCAUAAUGAGAUUAAGGCUGAAGCUUUAGUUAUCAAGAAUACAGAUUUUGAUGCAGUUGCUACUUCUCGAAAUCUUACUUCUGAGAAAGCUAAAUUUCUUAAACUUAAUUCAAAAUGUUCAGUUGCAGAUACUAUAGUACUUAAUCCACUCAAACCUAGAAAACAUUUUUUAUGUCUAUCUUAUUUUUACAAGCAAGGUUAUGAUAAAGAGAGUGCAAUAAAGGAAUUAAAAGCCAAAGAUAUCACAUAA